AUGAAUCGACUCUUUGGCGCAAAGAGCAACGCGCCCAAGCCGACUCUAAACGAUGCGAUCGGAAAGGUAGGCAUCGGCCAUGAGCUUUCUUGCACCUACACGCGCUGACAACAUACAGGUCGACGGCCGGAUAGAGAACAUCGAUGUCAAACUCGCGAGGCUUAAUUCCGAACUACAGACCUACCAGCAACGACUCAGCCGCAUGCGCGACGGACCGGGCAAGAACGCGAUCAAGCAAAAGGCGAUCAAGGUCCUCCAGCAGCGCAAGAUGUACGAGUCACAAAAGGACCAGCUACAACAGCAGAGCUGGAAUAUGGAGCAGGCGGGCAUGAUGCAGGAUAACCUCAAGAACACCAUGGCGACGGUAGACGCCAUGAAGACGACCCAGAAAGAGCUGAAGAAACAGUACGGCAAGGUCAACAUUGACAAGAUCGAGAAGAUGCAGGACGAAAUGGCAGAUCUGAUGGACAUGGGCAAUGAUAUCCAAGAGAGUAUCAGCAGGAGCUACGAUGUGCCCGAGGACGUGGACGAGGCCGAGUUGGAUGCGGAGCUGGAAGCGUUGGGCGAUGAGGUUGAUUUUGGCGCAGAGUUGAACAUGGAGGGCGAGAUGCCCGGUUUCUUGGCUGAGAGCUCAGGCCCGCCUCAGUUCAUUGACGAACCUCCCGAGCAGGGCAAAGAGAAGCAGGCAGCCACAUGA